AUCUGGCCAGUAAUCAAGUACAGAAAUUGUCACUUUAAUCCAACACUCACAUUGCUCUGGAAUGGCAAUUUAAUUAGACGUCUACGUCUGCAUCCAGAUCUUUCCCACUUCUCGGCCAUGAUCGCCUGGAUCUCAAACUGAACAGAUCCAAGGGAUCUGCAUAUACCAAUUCAUGCUAACCACGCUGUAGCUGACCCAGAUCAGCAGCUCUCACGAUGAAGCCGUCAUGGGCCUUUCAACUUAUACUCGAAUCUAUGGUCUGCCAGUUAGUUUGGGGUACUGGGGAGGGGAUGGUGAAUCAGCAGGAUCAAGAUGUUAUACCAAUAGAUACAGCUUCAAGAGAUAUGGUGCUCUCGAAAGCGUCGGCCAUUCUAAAGGAACUCACCGCGAUGUCAAGUUGCCACAGAGAGGCGACCAAAGCGCUCUACCACUCGUGUAGUGCCCUUGGAAGUGACGAGAAAUCGACGAUUAGUUCCACCAAUAACUCCCCCACGCCUAACGGCCCCAAAUUCCGCCCCGUCAGCGUCGAUGGAUUUCACAACACCUACGCACUUCGUCUCGGACUGUGCGAGAUCCAGUCUGCUGGUGUUAGACUUCCGAAGCAGUGUGAACCAGUUGCCGACCCUCGGCCCUGCAGGAAAACAGGCAUUGUUUCUCUCUGGUCUUAUGAUUGCGAUCGUGGCGAGGUAGAAUUCGCUCGCCUUGAGCAUGAAAUGAGAUGCCGGCAAGCUCUAAUGGAUUCCUCCGCGCAUUGGACUAGUUACAGCAACAACCGUCAAAAUGCAGUGGCUCUGUGCUAUUCCGCUAGGGCUAGUAUCGAACAUGAGGAAACAGCGCGCCUCUUCAAGGACAUGGUUGAGGAUGCCCAGCAAGUUCAAGAAAGGCUUGGAAUCUCUGUAAAAACCCUUCGAGAUCUCAAUGAACAAACGAUGCGAACCAACGAUUACAUCAUGACUGGACUCCGUCAGAUCAGAAAUGGAGUACUGAGUUUCAGUGCGUCACUAGAAACUAUCAAGGCGACCGUCAUGCAAUCUAUCAUGUCCAUACUCCAGGAAAUGCACCAAGAAGCCGAAUCGGCAGCAUCGAAUGUCCGGGAAAACGCGCAAGAAAUGGACCAGUUUCAAAGGCGAGCCUCGAACCAACUAGAGCUUGUUGCAUGGCAAAUGGAAAAGCGCAUCGCGGAGGACGCGGAAUAUGCUGCCCUUGUCAAAGAGUCUCAACAUCAGAUCGUGGCUCUUGCGAACUCCCUCAGUGGCCUUGAGGUCCGUGCCAGAGAGAUGCAGAUACUCAUGGAGACGGGGCAUGCUGCUAUGGCCAAUAUGACCCAAGAAGCUAUCGAGGCUAGGGCGGAGCUAUCUGAGAUACGAACGCUGUCUCUCGAGCUCCACGAUCAUUUCGAAUCAUUUUUGCAGGUGGCUGAAUACCUUAGCCAAUUCCCUACCUGGCUCUCAUACAUUUUCCUUAUUUUCCUAGCCUCAAUGGCUUUCAUCAGUUGCUGCAUUAUGGUAAUUUUCCUCGGCAACAAAUUCCCUACAUUACGUGCAGCCAUCGUCAUCAGCGUCCUUUUCACCACCUUAUCCGGACUUACUUAUGUGAUGGUCUGCGCUGGACAUGCCGGUUUCAAUCUCUACACCCUGAUCACUCUCACAUUUGCCUGCCUACACAUACCACUGACCAUCGCGGGGUUGAUGACCUAUUUCUGGAAUGAAAAUGAAGAUUCGGAAGAAGAACAUCACGAUGAUCGGGUUUGAACGAUAUUACAAACAGCUAGAAUGGCCGAUAGGUACACAGAAGGAGCGAACUACUUAUGAUUAAAGUAGAUAAUUAUCUAG